AUGGCGGAAGCAACGAAUACUUCAUCUUCUUCCUCUGUGCAAGAUCCUGCACUUGUAGAGGAUAUCUCAAAUCCUCUGUUUCUUCAUCACGCUGAAAGUCCUGGAGCCAUGCUUGUAUCCGAACCACUGAUUGGUGAGAAUUAUCAUGCUUGGGUUCGUUCAAUGAGAAAAGCAUUGGUUGCUAAGAAUAAGUUUGGUUUUGUCAAUGGUAGUAUUACUCUCUCUUCGCCAUUGAUAAAAACUCCAGCAGCUGUUGAUGCUUGGAUUCGAUGUGAUAACAUGGUAGGUUCUUGGUUGAUGAAGGCUGUGUCACCUCAAAUUCGAGUGAGCAUCACCUACAGGGAUACUGCUCUGGAAAUCUGGAAUGACCUCAGGGAUACACAUUCUCAAGGGAAUGGACCUAGGAUUUUCCAGCUUCAGAAAGAUAUAGCUUCAAUGUGUCAAGGUGAUUCUUCAAUCACCAACUAUUUCACUCAAUUGAAGCUUUUCUGGGAUCAACUCCAGAAUUUUAGGCCUACUCCUACCUGUUCUUGUGGAAAGUGUACAUGCAAUCUGCCUCAGAAAAUUGAAGAUCUUCGUCUUCAGGACUCAGUCAUGCAAUUUCUGAUGGGACUCAACGAGUCAUAUUCUCAGAUCAAAGGUCAGAUCUUAUUGAUGGAGCCUUUGCCAACUGUCAACAAAGCUUAUUCCUUAUUGAUUCAAGAAGAGAGGCAGAGGAAUGUAGGGAUUGGAAAUCCUGUUCACAUAGAGUCUACUACUCUUGCAGUGAAAGGAUCUGAGGCUAAUUCCAAUCCUAAUUUUCCUAAUUUCCCUGCCUUCUUUGCUAAUUCUGGUGUUUUUGGAGGAAAGAAUUCCAAAGGCAGAGACAGACCUAUAUGCACUCACUGUGGGAAGCUUGGGCAUGUCAUGGAGAAAUGCUUCAAACUUCAUGGUUUCCCUCCAGGUUUUAAGCCUAAAGGCAAGAAUUUUAGGGUGAAUCAAGUAAAUGUUCAAGAUGCUUAUGCAGAUGAUGAUCAUACCUCUGCUAAUUUUCCUUUCACUCAAGAGCAAUGUCAGCAAUUUUUGACUAUGUUGGGAACUCAAAUGCAAGCUGCUCAUCUUAAUUCUGGUGGCAAGGAAGUUCAGUUCAAUAUGGGGAAUAAGGAAGCACACAUGGCUAACAGUGUGAUCAAGCCUAAUCCGUCUGCAUCUUCUUCUUCCAGUGGCAUAGAUGCUUUCACCAUGGCAGGUACAUUUAAUCAUACUUGUUCUAAUUUGAGGCAUUCAGUGUUUUCUGCCCAAAUCACACAUAGAACUGCUUUUGGUGGUAAUGUUUGGGUUAUUGAUACUGGUGCAACAGACCAUAUAGUGUAUUCUGUUAAUCUGUUGACUGAUUUUACUGCUGUUAAUUGUGUGGUUGCUCUUCCUAAUGGUGAAACUGCCUUGGUAACUCAUAUUGGUUCUAUAUGCAUCUCUGAAAAUCUUGUUUUAACCAAUGUGCUUUGUGUCCCAUCUUUCUCCUUCAACCUAUUAUCAGUUAGCCAACUCACCAAGAAAAUGCAUUGUUGUCUCAUUUUCUUGUCUGCCUUCUGUUUCAUUCAGGACCUCAAUUGCUGGAGGACGAUUGGUGUGGGUGAAGUUCAUGAUGGGUUGUAUCUCCUUCAACAUAGCCCCUCUGAUACUUGUGCCAUUCCAAAUCAGUCCCAGGCUAUUCCAAGUUUUCAUUCUAUUUUCAAUUCUGUUUUUCAUUCCAUUUUUAGUUCCAAUAAAUCUCAUGUUGUCAAUAAUGUGAAAGUUCCUUUUUCUGUAUGGCAUUCUAGACUUGGGCAUCCCUCUGAUGCUAAGAUUUCUGUUUUGAAAAAUGUACUUCCUGAUCUCAAUUCUGAUUCUAAUAAAAUCUGUGAAAUUUGUCCUCUAGCCAAGCAUAAAAGACUUCCUUUUCCAUUCCAUAAUCAUGUCUCUGAAUUUCCCUUUGAUUUGAUACAUUGUGACAUAUGGGGACCCUAUGUGGUACCUACUGUUGCAGGUCACAAAUACUUUCUCACCAUUGUUGAUGAUUGCACUAGAUCAACUUGGGUGUAUCUUAUGAAAUCCAAGUCAGAAACCAGGUCCUUAUUACAGUCUUUUUAUACCAUGAUUAAGAAUCAAUUUGGUAAGUCUAUUAAAGUCUUUAGGACUGACAAUGGACUUGAAUUUUAA